AUGGAGGAAGCCUCAGAACUUAGGCCGCUUUCAGCACAGAACUCGCGGAACCUGUCGGAGCUUCAUGAUGCGUACCGCACAUUCUGCGAGUAUGGUUGGCAUCACCUCACCUGGAAGAACUUGGCAUAUACCCUCGCAACAUACCUGAGCGAAUAUUUCAAACAAGAUGCCGACGGCCAACUGUUUCAUACUCGGCCCGACCCAGGACGUAUCCAAUACCUGGCUGAUCUCAAUGUCGAAACCUUUGGGUACCUUACGAAAGAUGCACUUUGGGUACUCUUUCGACGCACUGGCUUUGGCGAGGACUACGAACUGAACUUGGGAGAUCAUCGCCCCUUCCAAACUCCGGCCUGGCAGUACCUCUUAUUGCUGUCCCAAGAUGAUUUGCAAGUUCUCAUCGUGGAUGUCGCGAACAUUCUUCGAGUUCGGACCACAUCAUCGCAUGCAAAUGCAAACAUCCUGAGUCUGACCCCAGACUGGCGACCUACAUUUGGAUCUGAGUACGGCAUCUUUCGGUAUUUCGAAGUGCAGCUGUCCCCGAACGAUGCGGCUUCACUAAGUUACAUUCAGCUUGAAAGACAAGCUGCUCUACAGCCACUUCCGACCCGCAGCAAGAACUUCCUCAGGCGAGCGUUGAGCGUACGGAAUUUGUCAAACAGGAACAAGGCGCAAUCUACAGGGACAGUCGAUAGCGAUUUCCAACCUCGCACGCGAUUUUCAUGGCCUCUUACCGAGAAAUAUCGCCGUCUCUUUCCCCGGAGAAGAAGCGGAACUUCCACGCAGUUGAGCAAUGCCACAAUACGCCCAAAUCAACCGCAAGUGGAUUAUGUGGCGAAUUUAUCCCAGGCGGAGUCUACUGGCUCACCAAGUUCAAGUGCAACGCUCACCCCUGCUAUAUUCGGGCGCCGGAUCGUGAAUGACACCGUCGAAGAAGAGCACUUUUCUGAUGCUGAAAGUAUCAAGAGCACUAAUACCAUGGACUCUCUACUGGACUUCUAUGCCCAAGGCUUGCAGUAUCCGAAAUUUCGGAACGAGGGGCUCGGUAUACCUGACGGUUCCGCCAAAGAAUCGCCCAUUGCCGACUCCCCGACCCUAGCACCAACUUCGGCGCCCAACGUUCCUCUUUUGAGCGCUCUGGAUACCUCCCUAGAUGCGGAUAUAAACAGUGAGAGACCAAUUUCUCCCAUGUCAGGACAUCAGUCUUUCAUUACCGCUAAGACAGUCCCCUCCGAUGGGAUAGCUUCCAGAACAGGUAGCCGAAUGACCAAAAGAUCCAGCCUGGACAGUUUCUUAUCGUUUGAGUCCACGUUUUACGAUCCUCCCAAAUUACCUGUCUCAGAAUAUCAGCGAUUGUUGGAAGAUCAGAACCUUCUCCCAGAACCCGCAGCUGAAACCGACUGGUCCGGUCGUGGACAACAUGCAGAGUUCUCCCUCGCAGAGAGAAACCUUAUUCCACUGCAGGCAGAAAAGCUUAUAGGAAGUACUAGGACUGCUAUAGUGGAAAGUGUCCUAUGCAAGCGAGUCCGAUUGGUGAGAAAAACCAUCAAGUGUACCAGGUGGACCGGAGUCAAACGCGAAGAUGCUCUCAGAGAAGUUCAGCUCCUUUACAGAGCGCAACACGCACAUAUAGUGCGCCUAGUCGGAUCCUACGUGAUUGGACCGGAUCUUGCAAUUCUGACGUAUCCAUGCGCUGAGUGGAACUUGGAACAGUUCAUGAGCUUCGCGCGAACAGCUCACGAAUCCACUAAUAGAUGUGCUUCUGCGCUUCGACAGUUCUUCACCUGCACGGUUAAGGUGUUAGAUUUCUUGCAUUCUUUUCCAAUCAAACAUAUGGACAUCAAGCCACAAAAUCUGCUUGUGCGGGACAUUUCGGGCUCCGGCACCCCAGAAACCACCCAAUAUAAACUAUACUUCACUGAUUUUGGUAUUUCGAAAGCAUACGAGUCUACAGAUGAGUGUGACACUGAGUCUCCUACAUCGUUCACCCGAACAUACGCAGCGCAAGAAGUCGUCAUCCAGGAGAGCAGAGGGUUGUCUGCAGAUAUGUUCUCUUUGGGCUGCGUUUACUCGGAAAUGCUUGCGACAAUUCUUGAUGCGUCUAUCGCUUCUUUCGAGCCUUAUGAUAAGGUGAUCGAGGUUCACUGGGCCGCUCUCCGAGCUGCCCGUCAUACUUCUGAAAAUGGCGUACGCCCGUACCACCGCGCGACUACAGAUAUACAAUCAUGGCUUUACCAACUGCCAAUCGAAAGUGAACCCGAAAUGCUGGCGGUGCGAGAGUGGACAACCGCUCUGCUGAGUAACGAAGCAAACACGAGACCAACGGCACGUCAAAUUGCGAAUGAUCCUCACUUGCCGUUCGCAUGCCGGAGUUGCAACCUGCGGAGGCGGCCAGAAGACUUCGAGGUGGCACAGCCACUUACUCUCACACCACAUCAAGAGUCCCCGCAUCGCUGGGGAAAUUCCACAAAGGAGUUAAUGGAAGUGCCGGCGCUGGCAUAG